CUCACCACCCACCACCCAUUCCAAACAUAAACAAACAUCGGAUGGACGCGCCGGCCGGGCGAUCAGCGAUUUUCUGAUUGAUGGUCCAACAUGAGCGAAAGUACGGGUGAAUCCUUUGGUAAUUCUCCCUUUUUCCGGGACCCGAAACCACUACUGAGUGGGCGGGACAUGUUGCAGCACCAUGUGGGAAAUUAUGAUUUCUACACCCGAAUUCGCCUUGUCCAACCGGAAGAGGAAAUCGAACAUCGGGAAAAUAUCACCAGAAUUCAAGAUGAAUUUCGAACGGUUCUCGCCCAACAGCGUGUGGCCAAGGGAGAGGCUUACUCCGAAGGCGAGUGGGAUAACGACCGGAAACGGGUGCGAAUUCGCAAAGCCGUCGGAAAAUGGCACAUCUACGGUUAUCAAGAGGACCAGAUCCGCUACGUGGAUGGCUAUGAAGCUCUGCAUUUGCUGGAGAUGAACAGACUCAUUAUCUUUUGGGAUACAGUUAUUAUAUCCUUGGAGCAGGCGUACAGCUUAUUCCUCGGUUAUCCUGACUCUCUGACUUUGGAACAGUACAAAGUCUACAGCACUAUGAUGAGAGCAGGUUUCUAUCUGCUAAAAUCCGAUUCCAACCGAAAGUAUCAAAUCGAACCCGGAACCAUGGAACGUGACUUGGAUGAAGAGCAGGCAUGCGUCUGGAGGAAUCUUUAUAGGAUCCUGCGGCAACCCAACCCACUGGUUGAACAAAAUGAACAAGCUGAUCCAGCUUUGACAGAGAAAGUCCAAAAAUCAAUGCAAAGUUUCAACUCCAUGAUCGCAUUGCAGUCUGGUUCGAAUGAUGAAAUGGAAUCAACCGACGGCGAUGACAAUACUCAAAAGCGCAAAACUUCGAAUGCUGACCAGGAACUUCCCCCUAAGAGACAACGGACUGACGAAACUGUAUCAUGGGAACCUAAAAAUGCUCUACAGUCAAAAAUCGACAACUUUGCUGAUCUUUUCGAAAGUUUUGAAAUUGUUCAUAGCACAAUAGGGCCCGAUGUUGAAGCCGUUGACUACGACCCCAACGUUCAGCUUCAUUUCGAUGUGUUCUUCAGUAGUGACGGAACCACAUUUCGACGAAGUCAACCGAUUAUGCCGGAAUACCGAAUCAUCAUUCGAUUAUCUUCCGAGCCGCUUUUGACGGGCACCGAUAUCGCAUCAUUGUACUAUCGACAAGCGAAGCCAGAGGUUCCUAUCCUUUUUAUGCAAGUAGCGGAAACUUUAUCGAUACAUUGUUUUAUGUAUAGCUUCUAUCGUUUACCAAAGAAUUUGGUAGUUAUUCCUGCUAGACGGACAACUAAAAAAUCCGAUGAUGAUGUUGAAGAACUUGCGGAUAGUGAUAGUUCGUGCGAAGAAGAUUAGACACGAUUUUGGAGGAGAUCAAAAGAUGAACAAACAAUUUGAAAAUAAAGGUUGGAUCUAUGAAACAAUAUAUUUCUUUUUAUCAAA